AUGGAGUCCGGACGGGAGGGAUCCUCUUUGUUUCAUAGGAUAAAAGAGGGUAUUUCCGACUGGGUUCUCGUUUCUCCAGUUUUUAAAGUGGCUAUUUAUUGGCUGGUCAUACUAACGGGGUCAUUUCUCCACGACUUUCUUCCUUUCCCUCAAUCGUAUCUCUCAAACAAGAGGAAUGUAUUCAACGUGUACUUUGUUAAGCUGGGCUGGGGUUGGACUCUUGGUCUUAUGAUUCCAUUCAUGUGCUUAACCUCUCUUGUAUACACCUCUUGCAAACCGUUUGCGAUGUUAAAGCACCUCAGCAGGCUGGCCGUGGGGACGUUUGGUUGGUAUUUUUGGGUGAACUUCUUUGUAUUCAUUGAAGAGCAGACCGGUUUCUGUGAAGGAGAAGAAACUCUAACUUCUAAGAGGAUUUGCCACCUUCAGGGAUUUCACUGGGAUGGAUUUGACAUAUCAGGACACACGUUUCUCUUAACCUACAGUGCCCUUAUCAUUACCGAAGAGCUCCAAGUCAAGCAAUAUAAAACAUGGUUUAGCUCAACAAAAUCAGAAACUGACGCACCUCAGUAUCUCAAGCACCUCAGCCCCCUCAUAGAUGCGUUCUUCACCGGUUCAGCAUUGUUACUUCUUCUAUGGGAGUUCAUGCUUCUUUGCACGACUUUGUACUUUCAUACUGUUCUACAAAAGGUUCUUGGUGCUCUCAUAGCCUUCUUUACGUGGUAUAUUACUUAUGGAAUUUGGUAUAAAAAUGGCCUUUCACCUGGGUUACCAUGGACACCUACGUAG